AUGCGAGUCCAGUAUGUUAGUUACACGACAACAAAUCAUAUGGGCAUGGUUUCAGGUCUUCAUGCAGAAAAUCAUGGUAUCAUUUCCAACAUAUUUACCGAACACGAUGAACGAACAAAUACUUUUACUAUGUAUGACUACUGGAAUUUCUCUGCAAUGCCAGGAACUUUCGAAACUUCCAGACAAGAGUCAUGGUAUUUUGGAGAACCAAUAUGGAUCACAAAUGAAAAGUCCAACGACUUGGCUACUGAAAUGGGUGGUAAGACAUCCUUUGAUUUCCCUUGCGAUGCGAAUCGCAGCUGA